UACGUAUCCUUCUUUUCUUCCCUCACUAAACCCUGAUCGCUGUAUGAGUGGGCUUGGCGCUCGCUCGCUCUCUCCAACACCCACCGGAGUUCACUCAAAACCAACUCGUCCUCAGCUCGGAUCUAACUCGGCCCCUCGAAGCCAUGCAGGCGGUCUCGAAUGCACGUAGGCUCUCUCGGGCUUUUAAAUCUCCGAUUCUUCUCAACUCGCAUCGAUUCCUCGCUCCCGAUAUUGGACUCUUUGAAGCUCCUCCAACUCCUCGUCCAUGUCGCAUUCACCGCAGCUUGUCUUCCCAAAUCCCUUGGUCCUCAGACGUGAUUCGAAGCAAUCAUUUGCAUACCGUACAGCGGUAUUUUGUGAUAUCGAGGGCAUGCUUUUCUUCGGAAGCGAGUACCACAGAAAGCAGUCCCACAGAGGCUGUGAAGGAGCUGUACGACAGAAUGCUUGAUUCUGUGGUUUCUAAAAGAUCGAUGCCCCCAAAUGCUUGGCUGUGGUCAUUGCUUGAAAAUUGCAAAAGCAAUGAUGAUAUUAAACUUCUGUUUGAUAUCUUGCAAAACCUCCGAAGAUUUAGAUUGUCUAAUCUACGUAUUCAUGCUGACUUUAAUUGCAAUCUGUGCCGAGAAAUUACCAAGACGUGUGUUCGUGUAGGGGCCCUUGACUAUGGGAAGAAAGCAUUGUGGAAGCAUAAUGUGUAUGGCUUGGCUCCUAGUAUUGGAUCUGCCCACCAUUUACUGUUAUAUGCUAAGAAUAACAAUGAUGCUAAGCUCAUGGUGGACAUAAUGAAACUUAUUAAGAGGAAUGACUUACCGUUGCAACCUGGUACAGUGGAUAUCGUUUUCAGCAUUUGUUACAAUACGGAUAAUUGGCAGUUGAUGUCCAAGUACUCGAAAAAGUUCAUCAAGGCUGGAGUAAAAUUACGACAAACUUCAUUUGAUGCAUGGAUGGAAUUUGCUGCUAAAAUAGGAGAUACUGAGACACUAUGGAAAAUUGAGAAGUUGAGAUCGGAGUCAAUGAGGCAGCAUACUCUUGUGAGUGGGUUUUCAUGCGCCAAGGGUUUUCUAUUAGAACGUAAGCCUGAGGAUGCUGCUGCCAUCAUUCAAGUCUUACAUCAGAGUUUAUCUGAUGCAAAGAAGUCGGGCAUCAUGAUUGAACUCCAAAAGCUGGUAAACGAGUGGACAGUGGAGGUUAUCAAGCGCCAAAAAAAAGAGGACAGGAAGGCAUUAGCUGAAUAUUUGCAAUCAGAUAUUCCUGCUAUGGUAAGUUGUCUAUUAAACAUGGGCAUAGAGGCUAGUGUAAGCAUCGAAGACCUAACUGGAAAGGAAGGUAUUCUUUAUUGAAGAAAAUGGAGGUUGAAAGUUGAGAUCUGAAGCUCUGUGCACUCUUGACCAUAUGUUUUAACCGGUACUGGUUGGGAAUGAGCACUUCCAUAUUUUCCCCAUUUACUAAGAGACGUCUAAAGCCCUCGUGAGCAUCCUCUAACCUCUACAAAGGUCUUUGUUUUCUAUUUGGUAUGCAUUUCUUUUGUUUUGAUCGACUCUACGAUUAUUGUCGUUCAUUUGGCUGUUCUAAACAUGUACAUUUUGAAUCUACUGGGUAGAUUUGAGGGACAAUGCCAGAAAAUUUUUGUGGGUUUUAAUAUCUGAUUUGUCCGGAUGAUUUUGCAAAGCAGGUGUUGGGCCUCUAAUUCUAGGUAGCAGUUUCAUACCUUUAUUCCAAUUUUUAUGAGAUUGAAAUAAAUGCUGGAUC